GCCCUUUAACCUCGGCCAUGGAACGGUGGUGGCAGCUCCUGUUAGGGCUGUGGACAGUGGCACCCAUCUGGGCCGGGGACAAACUGCUCAAUGUCUGCAUGAACACCAAACACCACAAGCAGAAGCCUGGCCCGGAAGACAAGCUCUACGAAGAGUGCAUUCCCUGGAAGGACAAUGCCUGCUGCACGGCCAGCACAAGCUGGGAAGCCCACCUCGAUGUGUCCCUGCUUUACAACUUCAGCUUGAUUCACUGCGGGUUGAUGAUGCCAGGCUGUGAGAAGCACUUCAACCAGGCUGUCUGCUUCUAUGAGUGCUCCCCAAACCUGGGGCCUUGGAUCCAGAAGAUGGACUUGAGUGGUCCAGGAGAGAGAAUUCUGGAUGUACCACUCUGCCAGGAGGACUGUGAAGAGUGGUGGGAAGACUGUCGCACAUCUUACACUUGCAAGUCCAACUGGCACAGCGACUGGGACUGGAGUCGGGGGAAGAACCGCUGCCCUCGAAGGGCCGUCUGCCAUCCUUUCCCCCAUUACUUCCCCACCCCAGCUGACCUGUGCGAGAAGAUUUGGAAUAACUCCUUCAAGGCAAGCCCUGAGCGCAGGAACAGUGGGCUGUGCCUGCAGAAAUGGUUUGAGCCUGCCCAGGACAACCCCAAUGUGGCUGUGGCCCACCACUUUGCCAGCACUGCCCCACCCUGGGAAAUCUCCUACACUCUCCUGGCCUUCACUCUGUUCCUGUCAUUCCUAUCUUAAAAGCCCCUUCUCCUUCCCACAUUCCUGUGCUCCCCCCGCCCCCCACCCCCCACCCUCUAGCUAUGGGUCAAGCUAACCAUGGUAGCCUCCUUUCUUGGGUCCCUCCUUAAAUGGAGCAGUGCAGGCCAGGGGAGUGGGAUGCUGAGGCUGCAGGAGCCGGUCCCGAGCCAUGAACAUACAGUGCUAGGCCCCCUCCACAGUGCUUUUCUGCUUUCUAUGCCUGGAAGGCAGCCAGGGCUGGGAGAGUCAAAGUCACCUGCUCCCUCCUGCGUUUAAGGCUCGCUGGGGACAGGGAAGUCAGAGGUGGGACUCCAAGCCGAUCUUACCCAGUGCAUGCCCACCCCCUUCCCUGGCAGAGCUAUGGUGCUCCCAAUAAAACAGCAGCUGCCCUUUCUCUCUGUGGGACCCACUCUGUCCUAGCUCUAUGGUCAGGGAGUCAAGCUGCCCAAAGAGAAAGCCAGUUUGCUGCACUGAAGUCUCAAAGUUGGUUGCUACUUAACUAAUAAUGCUUAGCUGCUUAAUAGCUGCUUGGCCCUGUCCUUCUGUCCUUGCAACACCUCCUGGUGGGAGGCUCUCCACCUCCUUUGCUUUCAGGAAGCAGUGCACCACAGAAAAGACCCAGAGCCAGGGUAAGGACCACCCAGACCACUGUCUUUAUUUUGGAUACUGCUGGGAGCUGCACCGGCCUUGCUGGAUGACACGGUCACAGUAAGGAAAUGACAGACGUUGCAUGGCUCCUGUCAUGAGAGGCGGAACUGGUAUCCCCUUCUGCUACUA